AUGGAGAGCCGCUCCUGGACCGCGGCGCAGAGUCUGCCCCCACAGCUUCACAUGGAUGUGCGACAGGGAGAGUUCUAUCGCCGGCGCGAAGCGGAGAUCAAGAACGGCCGCGUGGCGAUGUACGCCACCAUAGGAUAUAUCAUCCCGGAGUACUUUCGCUGGCCUGGCUAUCUGGCGCCAACAGAGGACAUCACCUUUGCAGAUGUGCCGAAUGGCCUGCAGGCACUUGCCAAGGUUCCCCCUGAAGGCUGGCUUCAAAUCAUCGCCUGGUGCGGCAUGUACGAGAUUCUGAUCAACACGCCCCAGCAUCCGACUGAGCCGGGCAACUACUACCGCGGGCGCCUGGCACUCCUGCCUGGCACGAUGAUCGUUGAUCCUGAGAAGCGCAAGCGCUCUUUGAAUGCCGAGCUUGCCAACGGACGCCUGGCCAUGGUCGCCAUCUCGCUCAUGUGGCUCUUCGACGGCCUCACGGGGCAAGCCUGGGGCGAGUGGAAGGGGCCUCCCACUGCGUAG